AUGCCCAUUGCCGCCGGAAGGGCGAUCCCCAGGGAAUGGGCGGGCAAGUAUCCCAUCAUUGGGGACAUCAAGCCGGAGGAAUGGGAUGGGUUUCACGAUCUCGUGCUCUGGGAUGAACUGUAUAGAGGGGGAGCUGUCAGUUCGAUUUUUGUCGGUUUGACAGUCGGCGCCCCGCCCAUCCGCCAAUUCGCCUCCCCAGCCCUGCAGGCCAAGGUCCUCCCGGAGAUCCUGUCGGGCCAGAAACGCAUCUCCCUCGCGAUCACAGAACCCAGCGCGGGCUCCGACGUGCGCAAUUUGACCACCACGGCCGAGAAAACCGCCGACGGGAAGCACUACAUUGUCAACGGCGAGAAGAAGUGGAUCACCAACGGCAUGUUCAGCGACUACUUCAGCACGGCUGUGCGGACAGGACCACCGGACUCCGGGGCCGCGGGUCUGAGCUUCCUCCUCAUCGACCGCCAUUUACCGGGGAUCCAGUGCCGCAGGAUCGAGAUUGGGGCCGGCAAACUGAGCUCCACCACGUACAUUACGUUCGAGGACGUCAAAGUGCCGGCCGACAUGCUGAUCGGCGAAGAGGGCGGCGGGUUCAAGUUCAUCAUGUCCAAUUUCAACCACGAGAGGCUGUGGAUUGCGUUCCAGGCCCUGCGCGGAGCGCGCAUCUGUCUGGAAGAUGCGUUCGCGUGGGCGCAGAAGAGGGAUGUCUUUGGUGGAAAGCUGAUCGAGCAGCCUGUUGUGCGGCAUAAGUUGGGGUUGUGCGGGAAGAAGGUCGAGGCCCUGCAGGCGUGGGUUGAACAAAUUGUAUAUGAGCUGGAUCAUCUUGGUGAGAAGGAGGGGAAUAGGCUGCUGGGCGGGACGACGGCUUUGCUUAAAGUCGAGGCGGGCAUGGUGGUGAAAUAUGUGGCGGAUGAGUGUGUGAAGAUCAUGGGCGGGCUCGGCCUUACGAAGAGUGGUCAGGGUGCAAGAAUAGAGGCCAUCUCGCGCAGUGUGAUUGCGCUGAUCGUCCCCGGCGGAUCGGAAGAUGUCAUGAUUGACCUGGGUGUGCGAGAGGCUCUGAAGCUGAGCAAGCUUCGGUCUGGGGCGCGCGAGUCGCGACUCUGA